AUGGGGGACAAAGCUCAGCGGCAGUCGUUUAACAUAGAGGUGGGAAAAGCGGACCAGGAAGGGGCGGGGAUCGGGGCUGGGGCUGGGGCAAAGCAAGGGGGGGUUGCACUCCCGCCGCUGCUAUGGUGGGUGGACUCACGGCGAACAGUGUGUGUCUUGUCCCUAGAGCUCAUUUUCGCUGCGCGACACAGAGCAGUUGGAUUCGCGUCGCACAAUCCCCACGCUCCAAAGCUCUCUCUCACCCACCAUUUGGAUCUCGCUUCAGCGUUGCAUCGCAUCGUCUGUGCCUCGCCCCGUCGCCUCGCCUCUGGACGGCAGCCGGCAAUGGCCAUGAUGGGGUCUCGCAGGCUGGGCGCGUCUCUCUACAGCCGUUUCCUUAGCUCUGCGGCUUCCUCGUCGUCUGCUGCUCCCUCGGCUGCCUCGUCUGGGGAGAUUGGAGUCCAGGAUUUUGUGAAUUCGAUCAAGGGCGCAGAGCCACAUGCUGCCAAAAUUGCACAAGCAAUUUUCGGAGUGCCAUCGUUAUUGCAAACACGGAGCAGCAGAUUGAAGAAAAUGGGCAUUCCCUGCAAGCAGAGGAAGAUGAUUUUGCGGUACACUGAGAAAUAUCGCCAGGGCAUCUGGACACCCAGGAUGAGUACUAAACAAUGAUUGUGAAUUCGUGGAUCCAAGUUUUGUCACAUCAUUUUUCUAAAUGAGAUGGGCUUUUGAAUAACGAGUUGACUUAUUUGAAUCAGGAUAGGGUGAUACUCUACCAAAGUAUGUGGAGGUUUUCUGUCCUUAAAUGCCACAGAACCUCCUCCUGUGAAGUACUCCGUUGUCACUCCCGAUGUACGUGCCUGCUUUGGACCUGAAGUGUUGCAUACUUUGAGCAUCUUAUGUUUUUUUUCCUUUUCAAGUCAUGACUUUAUACAUCCUCCAGCUGGUACAAUUCCACGUCGUUUUAA